GGGUUCGUUCAGUUGCUGGAAAAGAAUGGUAACAUGAACAGUGGAGCGUGAGAGCGUCGGCAGAGGAAGGGGGCGAGAUCGAUGGGUAGAGAGCACACUUCUCUGAGGCUCUCAUUCCCAGGACUGCACGAGGAGGAAGGGACGUCUUUGCGCCUGCACUUCCUGGCUGGACUCCGCUGACAUCUGUAGCCUCCUUCUAGCCAGGUUCCCAGGUCGCCUAGAUGCUGCCUGCAGAGGAGUGUUCUGACAGCGCAUGAAGAUCCAGGAGUUUGUGAACCCCUAUCCAAACAUAGUUCUGACCUGGUUUAUGGUGUCCCUGGAUCCUGCCUGACAAGCUGGCUCCCAAGGGAGUUGAACUUGAGUUCAGGUGGGUUAUCCCAAAGCAAGCAAAGAAAAAGCUGUUCGGGGAAGAUAAGGAAGGUGAUGUGCCAAUGUCAAAAGCGGACACUUUUCUUCCAGACACUUGACUGGACCAAGCCACUCCCUCCCAUUCAGUUCUCGCUUUUCAUCUCCGACUCGACAUCCCGGACCUCCCACACUAAGGGCGGGGGAUGGUGGGCAAACAGCGACAAACACCUCCUAUUUACUGAUAGAUCUAGCAUGCUCUUGACUUCCUCAUAACUUACCAUUAUUCUAUGAAACGAUCGUAUUUACUCCACUGCUUUAUAUUAAUGGAGGUCAAUAGAUUUAAUGAUUUCCUCAGUUGACUCGUUUAUUUCUAAGCCAAUAGAUAAUGCCUUCGUCAUAGUUUUCUGGGGGAAAGUAACUGUGCGUUUGUUCUGCAGAUGGCCAACUCCCUCUGAACCCUGCAGAUUGGUGCUGAGCACACAACAAAACUUUUUCUGCUUCCCCUCAGUUUCUGGUGCUUCCCAGGAAAGAGGAAAAGACUUUGGCAUUAAACUCAAGAAGCAGUCUGGGAGACAUCUCUAACUUUUCUCCAUUGUUAUCCUUUGCAAUGAAGAGGAAACAGAAGAGGUUUCUGCAAAUGACUUUGUUAUUCACUGUGGCUUUAAUUUUCCUGCCCAACAUUGGUCUGUGGUCUUUGUACAAGGAUAAACACCUGGUGAAAUCUGCAGAACCCGCGGAGCAUCAGACAUUUCCACUGGGCCUAGGAGAUGGGCAAUUCUAUUCCUGGACAGAUGGUCUGAGAAGAAAAGACUGGCAUGACUAUGAGAGCAUUCAGAGAGAUGCUUUGCGCUCAGGGAAAGGUGAACAUGGAAAACCAUACCCCCUUACUGAAGAGGACCGUGACGACUCUGCUUACAGGGAAAACGGCUUCAACAUUUUUGUCAGCAACAAUAUUGCUCUCGAGAGGUCUCUGCCAGACAUCCGCCAUGCUAACUGUAAGCACAAGAUGUACCUUGAAAGGCUGCCAAACACCAGCAUCAUUAUCCCAUUUCACAACGAAGGUUGGACCUCACUCUUGCGGACCAUACACAGUAUAAUCAACCGAACACCAGAGAGUCUGAUAGCAGAAAUCAUUCUAGUUGAUGACUUCAGUGAUAGAGAACACUUGAAGGAUAAAUUAGAAGAUUACAUGGCUCGGUUUUCCAAAGUGAGAAUUGUGCGCACCAAGAAAAGGGAAGGACUCAUCCGGACCCGACUCCUGGGAGCUUCUGUGGCCAGAGGAAAGGUGCUGACCUUCCUGGACUCCCAUUGUGAGGUCAAUGUGAACUGGCUGCCCCCUCUCCUCAACCAAAUUGCACUAAACCACAAAACCAUCGUGUGUCCCAUGAUCGAUGUCAUUGACCACAAUCACUUUGGGUAUGAGGCACAAGCUGGGGAUGCCAUGCGAGGAGCCUUCGACUGGGAAAUGUACUACAAAAGAAUCCCCAUUCCUCCAGAGCUCCAGAGGGCUGAUCCCAGCGACCCUUUUGAGUCUCCGGUUAUGGCUGGAGGUCUCUUUGCAGUGGAUCGAAAGUGGUUUUGGGAACUGGGUGGCUAUGACCCAGGCUUGGAAAUCUGGGGAGGAGAGCAGUAUGAAAUCUCUUUCAAGGUUUGGAUGUGUGGAGGAGAAAUGUUUGACGUUCCAUGUUCUAGAGUCGGUCAUAUCUACAGGAAGUAUGUCCCUUAUAAAGUUCCAUCUGGGACCAGCCUGGCAAGAAACCUGAAGCGUGUGGCUGAGACCUGGAUGGAUGAAUUUGCUGAGUACAUUUACCAGAGGCGGCCAGAGUACAGGCACCUCUCCACCGGAGACAUCUCUGCCCAGAAGGAGUUGCGGAAGCGACUCAAGUGCAAAGACUUCAAAUGGUUCAUGGCUGCGGUGGCCUGGGACGUGCCUAGGUACUAUCCUCCGGUCGAGCCCCUGCCUGCAGCGUGGGGUGAGAACUUGUCGUCGGAUGUGAGAAUGCCCCUCACUGUCAUCAGCCUUAUUGCUAUUUAUAUAUGCAAGGACGAAGCAAUGGUUAUACGGGAUUUUUCUGAUAAUGCAACACUUAACUUUAAGUGGCAAGACCUGGUUUCAGUAAAAGACCAGUUGGAGCAGACCUCUAGGGACAACUGGUUGGCAGUCCUUCAGAAAGCGAAGCUCAGAAUUAUCACUUGCCAUAAGGGCAGCAAUUCGAGUCCUAACUGUACACCCAGAAGAAUCCGAAACAAGGAUGUGAAUGCCAGGGUUAUUGCAGCAUCAUUCAUAGCCGCCAAGAGUCUGAAUAUACUUUUAAAGUCUGUAAGCCGAUACCAAAUGCCUGAGAAACUGAAAGGAGAGAAAGACAAAAAGUACAAGUAUGUGCCAGGCAAAUUGUCUCAGAUCGGAGAACAGUGUCACGUGGUUGAGCAUGACCCCGAAGACUCUUCUCGAACAACGCUGCUGUGCGGUUCUACUUUGAUGAGCAGUCAAGGUCACUCUUGUGGACUGCUGGAUCUCCUGCACUAUCAAGAAGAAGGUGUAAUUGGCUUGCAAGGGGGCGGAGCCCAAGCAAUUUCCCGAAUUCAAGGGUCCCAAUGUGGAGCUGCUGGGUCUCAGGAGAAUGAAGACUUUCUUGAACAUGAGAAAGAGACCCUCACAGAGAUCCCGAAGCAGUCGCUGGAACUCUUGCCACCGUCUCUGAAUAAGGAAAGGAGUGGCAGUUCUGUUGUCUCCUGUGGGACGUUCAGCCCACCUCGACUCGGGACAUACAGGAAACCUGAACUAGCUCCCGCUACAUUGCCUCCAUCCCAGCGCCGCUCCUUCCCUACACAGUUCCCAGGAUCCUCACAACCUUUGCUCCAUUUUGUUGCCCGAUUCCAAUCUGAACGGGCCCGGCUGGGGACUCGCAUUUUCUUCCUAGGCUGGAAGCCAGUAGAACCGAGCGCUCUCCUAUCUCCGCCUCACUCCCUCAGAGCUGGGGUCACAGGCACAGGCCUGUCUGGAGCUCCUAACUGGUCCUCCAUUGCUGGGGUGUUACCAGCCUUCAGAGGAGUAGUGAUGGCCAGCACUUCCCACAAACACCCGGACUCCUGCCUGAGAGCAAGCAAGAACGCUUAUGAGUCUAUCAUUUUAGUUCCUGGAAGAGAAUUACAUCGGGCCAUGGAAAUGCGGAUAUUCGUUUUAAUUCCAAAGCUGUCAAAACUCUUUACUUUCGGGUGGAGAGAAGAUAUUCGACCCGGCGAGCCUCUGCACACCCGGAAAUUCUGUCUGGAUGCCAUCUCCCACAGCAGCCCUGUAACCCUCUAUGACUGUCACGGCAUGAAAGGGAACCAGCUCUGGGGGUACCGGGAGGACAGAACAUUAUUUCAUCCUGUGAGCAACAGCUGUAUGGACUGCAACCCCUCAGAGAAGAAGAUUUUCAUGGCCAGAUGUGACCCUCUAUCUGAGACUCAGCAAUGGAUUUUUGAACAUAUCAACAUGACUGUUUUAGAAAAAAAUAGCCACUAUGCCAUCUCCUAGAAAGGGAAGGAGAGAGGUUACCCACAGGUUGUGAACUGUGUGUUGUUGCAGGCGUCUGGGUCAAAGGAGUCAGGAAAAAACAUUUCCUCGAUCCAGGAAGCCUGGUUGAAAGAUGUGUGAGCGCCGUGUUGACAUAGGCUGUCCGGGAGAAGUUCCUACAUCUGAAGAACUUGGCUGAGAACCUCACCAGCUGCUUCUGAGAACCGAGACUAGCAGUCCCCUUGCUGGCCAAGGGUAAAGAUUCUUUAGGGACUUUCACCUCGGCUGCUGAGUUCAUCAAUCCUAGCAUUUCUCAGGUCAAAUCCUACAGUAGUGAGUAGCUGUG